UCCACGAAGCAAACACUGCCUUAAAACCCCACCCCAUCCGCCGCCAUUGUUCCCCAUAGCGCGCGGCCGACGGGCGAGCGAGAGAGCAGGUGAGACGCGGCGGCCAGCGGCGGCGAGCGAUGCGCGACCGAUCCUCACCAACGCCUCUCCAUCCGUGGUUCAGUGCAAGAGCAAAGUAGUGAAAUGAACGGACACCUAAACUUUGAGGAUGGAUGGAGAGUCCUGGAACAGGGAAUUGUGAAAUGCUCAAAGAUUUUGGAGGGUUUCACGAGUACAAGGCCCACUGUGGCUGAGUACAUGGAUUGCUAUGACUGUGCUUAUAGGAUGGCUGUGCAAAAAAACCACUAUUGUCAAGAGAUGUACAAUGGCUACAAGAUGACACUUGAGAAAUGUGUCCAUGCAAUGGUUUUGCCCCAUCUAAUGCACAAGCGAGAUGACUACCUGUUUAGAGAGAUUGUGAACAUGUGGUCAAACUACCGCAUCAUGGUUAGUUGUGUAAGUGGCUUCUUCAGCUAUCUGGACCGCUGCUAUCUGACACAUAGCAAACUACCUUCGCUUAGUGACGCUGCUGCUACUUCUUUUUUCAGUCCAGUCUUUUCCUUCUUCAAGGAUGAAGUUACAGAUGCUCUACUGACUCUGAUUCGCCGGGAGCGUGAUGGAAGUAAGGUUGAUAUGGGCCUUUUGAUGGAUGUCAUGUGUGGCAUUUGUCGUUCUGAAGUCCAAACCUUCAUGAACAAUGCUGUGCUUCAAGAUACAUAUGCUUACUACUCUAUGAAAAGUUCCGAAUGGAUUAUGCACUACACUCUGCCAGAUUACCUUGCCAAGGUUCAGGAAUGUAUGGACAAGGAAACCAUGAGACUAACUCAACUGUCUAUUACAGAGGGAGGUAUCUCAGAGCUCUGUUUGCAGGUUGUUAGUGCUCCAUUGAUGCAAACUUAUGACAACUAUGCGAGAGAGAAACAUAUUGGUGGUCAGCUUUUGCUUCAAACAUACAAGACUGUAGAGGAGGAACUGCUGGGCAGAUGCCUUAGCUUGACACUUGGCGGCUGCUCAGAUGACAGUUCUUUCAAUUGAGUGGAGUAGAAAGGCAACUUUACCUAACAUACAUCUAUAACCCAGCUUACAUACAGGAGGGCUUUAGAACAUGGCACGCGCGAAGUAGAACUUUGGUGCAGCUCGUUUUUCGGUACAGCUCAAAGCUACCCGGUUCCUAGUAUAGAUCGUGUUGACCUAUCACUAGCAGAUUUAGCCGCUGAUCUGAAUGGUGAGAUCCAGUUGAGAUUUAUUUGCAUGCUAUUCUUUCUAGGGCUGUGAGCUCAACCAAGGGUUGCUUCUCUUUUGCCUUACAUUUUGCUUCGACCAACCUAGGGGGAACUAGAUUGCAUGCUAUUUUGCUGAAUCAACACCAUUGGAGAUGUACAUGAAUCAUGAUGGUAGAUUCUUGUGACAAAAGGUGUUCGUUUCCCCGACUGUCAUCUAGCAUAAAUGUUUGGCGAGUGCCCCCAGCAUUCUUGCAUAUACUUGCCCGUAACUUGUUUGGCAUGCCAGCACGAUGAAUGGUGUGUGCUUUUGCGUGCUUCUUACGAUGGCUAUGGUUGAGAAAGCUUGUCUAAUCUGUCUU